AUGAAGAAUCUGUGCCUUUCUAUGCUUCAGGGAAUCUGCACAACGUUGUCCCCAAUUCCUUCUCCUCCGUCCCCAGAAUCCUUUGACAUUGUCGAACUACCCUUGCCUCCUGUCACUUCCAGCAGCGAAGAAGGAGCAUGCACUAAGAAGAUCAACCCCCGCGGAACGGGCUGCAUCGGCCAAACCUCCGACGAGUUCCAAUCCGGGGACUUCACGCCCGACGGGAAGCACGUCCUCGUCAAUGUCGACUUCAUUGGCGCUCCGGCAGCUCCGGAUCCUGCCAGUAUCUAUUCCGGCGAGCAGUUGAUCCUGGUCAAGGCUGAUGGGAAGAGGUUCGCCAAUGGAGACGCAUGGAAGUGUCUCAGCUGCGGCGUUCCUGAAAAGAAUGCACAGUCUCUUGAUCCCCAGCGAGACUAUCCCCAUGCUGCUCGCAAUGGCAAGCAGGCUCUCUGGGGCCACAACAUCCUCGACUGUGGAACGGCGUCUCUUACAAGCGACAGCUGCACUCCCAACAACACUCAUAUCUAUCCCAUCUACUGGCUCACCUCUGCCGACGGGUCCGGUUCGGGAGGAAGUCCGCGAGAGCUUCGCAUGCAUCCAGACGACAAGCAUUUGGGCUGGAGCUCGUUCACAUCCGGUGGCCAGUUCACGUACUUUGGACGUCUCGAAUUCAACUCGAAGCCCACGUCUGGCAAGCCUUCAGUUCCCCGGUAUGAUCUCGUCGACGUCAACAUUCUCUUCCCACCCAACGGAACCGCUCCCAUCAUGGCCGACGGCGACAAGCUCAUCAUCCACGACGACGCCAUUCUCCCAGGCGAGCUGCGCGGCUUCAGCGGCAGCGGCGACGAGAUCCUCUACAUCGGCUCUCCCCGCGAGGCCAACAACAUCGACGUUUUCGCCAUCCACAUCACCACCGGCGCCAUCCGCCGUCUCACCAGCCACCCCGAAUACACCGACCCGCUGGCUUUCUCACACGACAACGACUGGUUCGUCGCCAUGGACACCCGCGGCACCGAUCGCCAGAUGUGGAUGUCCGGCCUGCGCCACAUCCCACCGCUCAUUGACAUCGUCGCCGUCACCGCGGCCUCGUCCACGCGCAACAACGGCCCCCGUCGCUUCUUCCAGCCCAUCCUCAUCGAUCGCUACGGCGAUCGAGACGAUUAUUUCGGCCAGCAGAUCAACGCCGACGGAGACGGCAGCGACGGCAGCGUUAACGACCCCAACUGGAACGGCCGCGCAGACCCGGCCUUCUCGCCCGACGGAACCAAAAUCGUCUUCUGGCAAGCCCUAGUGACUUCUCCCUCCUGCGGCGGCGACAAUCCACUCGCCUGCCCCAAGUCCACUGCGCAAGGAGGUCGCCGGUAUCGACUCAUGCUCGCCACGCGAACCGAUGCCUCGCCCACCGACCCAGCCCCUGUCUUCGACGUCCCCGACCAGAUCCCCUGGGCCACGCCAUUCCCUCCCGGCAGCGAAGUCCCGCAGAUGUACGCGGUCCCGGCGGGAAACUAUACCCUGGAAGGCAGCUCCAGCGGAUUCGCCAAGGUGUCGCUGGUCGCUGGGGCGUCAGGCAUCGUGCAGACGGUUUCGGUCAAGUAUAGUAAUUACUCGGACGACGGGGAGCAUUUCAUUCAUGGGAAGGAGUCAGUGACGCAGACGAUUCCCUCGGCGAGUAACCCCUGGUUGAAUAAAUUGGACUGGUACUCGGAUCUCACGCAGACUGGGGCGGUGACAGGGAGCAAGAAGACAGGGCCAGGUGGGUUUCAUUUGACGAUUGAUGCGAUGGUGAAUGAUUUCGAGGCGAACGGCACGUUGACGACGAUGAUUGAUGGGAAGGUGUAUAAGCAGCCUGCGAAUGGGACUUAA